UCUUUAAUACACCCAAACAAAUAGAACUUGAAGUAUUUUAUCUCCAAAAGUUUACGGGUACGGGUCUGGGCCAAUCGGAUCCGGACGUAGACCUAAAUAGGGUUCAUGGCCACUUUUUGGACCCAGACCCGACCUACGGGUCCAAAUGUUGGACACAUAGCCAGACCCAUUCGGGAGUACCCGUCAGGUUCAGGUCGGGUCAGGAUCCCUUGCAACCCCUAAUAGAGAGAUAUUAUAUGGCAACCUCGUGACCUGAUUUAUUCAGAGAUUUCACAUGUCGGGGUCCAUCUUUGUCUCUCCUCUUUCCUUUUGUCUUUUCCAUGCAACAAAGGAAAAAGGUGUCUGUCCAUCUCAAUCCUUAACAGGGUUAGGUGCUUAUGAAAUGACAAAAAUGCCCAUGAUUCUUCUGAUAAAAAUUAGGUCCUCCACCAGUAAACCAUUUCCCAUCAUAGUACAGGUUUUAAGUGAAGAAGUUAAAGCGUCCAAGCUUUUGAUUGAAGAAGCUGAAGGGGUAGUUUGGUCUUUAAUCCUAUCAGGAGGUGCAAACAAUUUGUCUGGAGGAGUGUACAAGUAGUUAGCCAUGGAAAAGUUGCAGGCGGGGGCCAUUUUAGUCAUAAUAAAACAAAAAAACCAAACCUAACCAUUGUGUGCCUUCUUCUCUCUCUAGCUCUAACAAACCCUAAUUUAUUCUCAAUACCCAUCCCAAAAAUGGCCUUGCUUCUCUUUCUAGCUUUCUUUCUCCCAUCUAUUCCCCCCUCAAAGCCAAACCCAACCAUGCAUUGUUUUCUCUCUCUAGCUUCUGUUCUACUUUUCUCCAAAGCCAUGGCAGAUAUUCUCACAGGCACUGAUGCUCCUAUAGCCUUUAGGUGUGGCCCAAUCAAUACUACCACUCCUAUCAAUAGGAGUAACAACCUCUCCUCACUAAUAGACACCAUGAGAGAGAAAAUGGGCCAAAACAACUCAAAGUUUACAGCUCUUUCACUAGGCCAAGGGCCCAAUAUUCUUCAUGGCUUGAUCCAGUGUAGGCUCGAUCUGUCGAUGCAGCGAUGCUUCGCCUGCGUCAAAAAUGCAGGACUUUCGAUCGCCCAUCGAUGCCCGAAUUCCACUGAAGCUGCAGCCUGGUUUGAUGACUGUGUCGUACUCUACACCUACUCAAACAGGUUAGACCGUGAAUUGAAGCUUUUUGGAGUGAAAUCCAAUGGAUCCCACUCCGAAAACAGGGCUGCCUUCUCAGAAGCUUUGUAUGGGUUGCUCUACAAACUUUCUUCACAAGUUGCAAUUGAGUUGCACCAUGGAUUUGCGGUGGGAAUGACUAGUUUUAGAGAGACAAACAAGGUUUACGCCAUGGCUGAGUGCCUGAGAAACAUCCCAAGCCUUGAAUGUGAGAGAUGUGUGAUAUGGGUGGUUGACCAUCUCCAUGAGUAUCAUGGGGAUGAGGUUGGAGGAGAAAUUAUCAAUGGAAGUUGCAGGGUUCGGUUUGAGAGCUAUCUUUUCUAUGAUGAUUCAGUUUUUAGAGAGAGAAAAGGUGAGGAGAGCGGAGUGGUUGUUGUAUAUAGCAAGGGUGGGGGCUCGUGCAAGGGACUGUUUGGUUGUAAGGAUAAUUUGAUGAAGGUGCUUUGGAUUGUUGCCAUUGCUUCCUUAAUUGGGAUUGCAUUCUGUUUUUGUUUGAUGAAGAGGAGGGUUUCUAAGGUGGCAAGUUCUCAACUUGAAGAUAAAGCACAUAUGAUGCAUGGUCCCCCUUCGACGGCCUAGAUUCGUUUCAGAAGCUGGAUCGACGGUUCACGCUGGCCCAAGUUAGCCUUGUGAUUGUAUUAUAAAUCCAAUUUUCAAUCGAAUAUGUUACUAAGCAA